AUGUCAUUUGAUAUUAAUUGGAAUCAAUUAACAAUUGAUGACACGAUCAAUCAAUCGAUAAAAGAGUUUUUGGAUCAGCAAUUCAAAAAUAUCUCACUCCCAUCAUUUAUUUCCAAUCUUGCAGUGACUGAUUUUAAUUUAGGAGAAAUACCUCCUGAAGUUACGAUCCGACAUAUUGGUGAUCCAUUUGAAGAGUUUUAUGAAGAUGAAAAUAAUUUAGGAGUAAUGAAUGAGGCUAAUAAUGAUUCAAAAGAUGAACAUUUGAAGAACCACGGUGAUGGGAUCAAUAAAGAUAGUGGAUAUAAUAGUCAGAAUCUUGAUGACGAGGAUGAAGACGAUGAGGAUGACGACGAGGAUGAUGAAGACGAAGAAGAAGAAGAUGAAGAUGACUACGACGAUCACGAUUUAGGAACCAUUAAUGAAGGGAUUAGUUUGUUGAACUUUAAUGAAAACUCAACCACUCCUUCUGCUAACUCAUUUGCAGGUCUGGCUGCACCACCACUACCACCACCUCUAAACCCUUCACGAGAUUCUUUCCAUUCAAUUCUUCAUCCAUAUGGUGUUAAUAGCAUAAUAGGGGCCACAGGUGCUGGGUCGGAAACACCUACAAAUAUACUAAAUCAAAAUUAUCUAUCUUCCAGAGUAUUACCAAAAAUAUCUGUAAAACAAAAACAACCUCAUCAUGAUGAUAAUGACAUUCAACUUAUUGUGGAAAUAAAUUAUAAAGGUGACAUGCAUAUCAACUUGUUGGUGAAUUUAUUAGUAAAUUAUCCAUCACCCAAUUUCAUAUCAUUGCCGAUAAAGUUACAUAUUACUGACAUAGUGAUUCAUUCAAUUGCCACUAUUGCCUAUUUAAAGAAAUCAGUGUUUUUGUCUUUCCUAUGUGAUGUUGAUGAUACAUUCCCUGAUUUUGAUAGUAAUGUACAAACUCCUACAUCUACUACUGGUGGAAAUUUUGUUGAUUAUUACUCCAAUGACGCAACUAUCAAUAAAGAAAGAAUUGAUAUUGUUAAAAAGAUUAAAAUUGAAAGUGAAAUUGGUGAAGUUGAGAAUAAUAUACUAAGAAAUGUGGGGAAAGUUGAGAAAUUUUUAGUUGAACAAUUGAGGAAUAUUUUACGUGAUGAGAUUGCUUGGCCAAGUUGGAUCUGUAUUGACAUGAAUGAUGAUGAUGAUGAGGAGGAGGAGGAGGAAGAACUGGAAGACAAUGAUGGUGGUAACAGUGAUUUAAAUGAUAAUGAUGGUAAACAUGGAGAUGGAAGGACUGAUGAGACAGAAGCUGGAGAAUAA